AUGGCAUUACAGAAUGUGCUGGGCAAUGAAGUUAGGGAUAUGCCAUGUGUGCAGGAUCGUUCAAUGCUGCACAGCUUUAAACAUGUUAUGGAUAUAUGCGCCGAUAUGUUUUUAUCGCCUUGGCUUGCACUUAAAUUUGUACGCAUUUGUUAUGGAUUGGAAAAGGAAUACGCGCCAGCGCUUAAAGUAGUGCGUGGCUUCUUUAGCGAGUUUAUCGUUGCCAAAAAGGCAGCUGAGCAAAAUACAACUGAGCGUGCCAACAUUAAAGUUAUAGAUGUGGUGCUGGAUCACUUGAGGCAAGGCACUAUGAGCUUGGAGACUGCUGUAGCCGAGUGCCAUGAAAUGAUUUUUGCUGCUCUGAUCACCACUACGCUUACCUUAUCUUAUGCUCUAACCAUGCUCGCCAUGUAUCCCGAAUAUCAGCAACAGUUGUUUGAAGAAAUCUCAUCAGUAUUUCCACAAAGCGGUCACUUUGAAGUUAAAGCUGACGAGCUUAAGCUGCUGCCUUAUCUGGAUAUGGUUAUCAAUGAAACUCUAAGACUAAUGCCGGGCAUACCAGCUAUAGGACGCAGCCUAUCAAAGGAUCUGCGCCUUUCUAAUGGCAUUGUGUUGCCCAAAGGAUUGCAAGUUGCCAUCGGUAUAGUGCACUUGCAUCGUUGUCCGAAGCUUUGGGGAGCAGACGCCAACAAAUUUAAUCCUGAAAAUUGCAGCAGCAGCAACUUAAGAGAAAAGCAUCCCUAUGCCUAUCUACCCUUCUCCAAAGGCAAACGCAAUUGCAUUGGCUGGAAAUACGCGCUAAUGUCUGUUAAAAUUGCCUUAAUCAAGCUUGUGCGCAAUUAUGAGUUCAGCACAAAUGAGCGUCAUGAGGACAUGAAAUUUUUACCCACUGUAUUCAUGGUACCAGCCAAGGAGCCGCUGCUAGAAAUUAAGAAAAGAGUCUAA